AUGUCAGGUCAUCACCGUAUCACCCUCGCCGCCAACCCCCCCUAUUUCGAUGGGGACAAGACCAAAUACAUGGGCUUCGUGGACUCAUGCACCACCUACAUUGGUGCAUACCGGUCGGAAUUCUCACAGGAUGAGACAAAAAUCCUGUUCAUCCUCUCCUACCUCCGCAACGAGGCUGGCACAAGUUGCGCCGCCUCGAGAUGGGCGAUGAACUGGAAACAGCGCAACUUCGAGAGCCUUAGUGGAAUAAAGGCUGGGGUCACCUCGGCGACCUUCUUGGAGGAGCUUCAGAGGGCGUUCGGAGAUACCAACGCGGAACAAGUUGCUGCCGCUCGACUCAUGGCCCUCCGCCAGAACAAACGAUCCUUCGCGGAUUAUAUCUCCGACUUUGAGAUGCUGGCUUCGGACGCAGGGUACAAUGUGGUCACCGCCACCGACGACAAGGGCGAGUACAAGAAGGGGGAUCAAGAUAAUAUCCUCAUCGAGUUCCUCGAGCGCGGACUCAGUAGCGAGAUCGCCAGUCGUCUCUAUAACACCGGUGUUCCCUUGCCCAAGGUGUAUGGCGCCUUCAAGGACUGGUGUGUCAACAUCGAGGCAAACGCUCUUCGCGACCAGUUGCGCAAAGCAUCAUAUGGGCACUCCACGCAACAACCACCCCCCCAAUUCCGCCCUCAGGCUGCUCCAACGACGCCUGCACCCGCUCCGGCCCGACCCGCUGCCAACGAACCGGUUCCGAUGGAAAUCGAUCGCACCCAUGCCCGCAGCCGCAAUGUCAUCUGCUACAACUGUCAACAGCCCGGGCACAUUGCGCGGAACUGUCCGGAGCCAAGGAAGAAGCGCACAUUCUUCAAUCGGGCCACAAUGCUGGAAGAGAUCGAGAACGGGGACAAGGACAACGAGUUCCUCAAGGAGAUCGCUGAGAAGCUGCGCGAGAAGGGUUUUUGA